UUCCUUCCCAAACCAGCACCAUCAGAAUCACCCCAAUGGCUCCUCCAUGUUAACAUGGAUCCACAAAGCAUAACCCGCUUCUUCUCGUCUGAACCUCAAAACCCUCCACAAACUAGAGAUGAUGAAAAAACACUCGAAGGAAUCGCUGCUAUUGUUGGAGAACACGUCCUCUUUGGGACAAAAAAUGAUAGUAACCCAACCCACCACAAAAUGAUGGAACAUAACAAGACGGAGAAUGGUCCGGUCAUCACCAAGAGGUACAGAGGGGUCAGGAAAAGGCCCUGGGGAAGGUGGUCGGCCGAGAUACGCGACCGUAUUGGGAGGUGCCGCCACUGGCUUGGCACCUUCGACACCGCGGAGGAGGCGGCGCGUGCCUACGAUGCGGCGGCUAGGCGCCUGAGAGGGUCCAAGGCUCGAACCAACUUCGAGAUACCGUCGGUGUUGCCGGUUUCGGCGUCGUCGUCGUCAUCAAGCAGUGGCGGAAUCCGCAAGAGGAAAGGGGCGCGCGGUGGCGAUAGGAAGUGUUCGGUGGUUACCUCGGUUGCACAAUUGUUCAGUUCUGGGGUGCCUGAUGCGCUUGAGCUAAAGCUUGGUGUGAGACUGUGAGGAGUGAGAAUGGGAGCAUUGGUGCUGAUGAUGAUAUAUAUGGUUGUGUAGGUUAGUAUUAGAAUCAGUAUUAGUAUUAUUCUUAGAUAGAGCAGUGCAUGCAUGCAAUUGGGAUGAACACAAUAGAAUAUGUAAUCCAUGUAUGUUGAAUGAAUAGUAAUUGGUAUUGCUAUUUAGCAGGAAAUGCAUCAUGGUU